UGAGUGUAUUAAAAAAUAGCCCCGCUAUGGCCUAACACCCAUAACCACCCUUAUGUCCCUGAGUUGGUUUUUAAAUCCUGCCCUCGAGGUCUGACAGGCAGAAGUUGCCCUUGAAUGCAAGUGGGGCUCAAGUCCUGAGGUGGGCAUGGGUCCGGAAGGAAAGGACAGCGGCACAGGUUUUGCUUUCUAAAUAAAAAUGCUUCUUUCCCAGGGGGUGCUUGACACUCAGAUCAAGCUCUGACAGUCGACGCUUCUAGGUGUUGGCCAAGAUCCUCGUUUCCAGACAGAGAGAAAGCAAGCCUGGGUUCCUCGUCGUUCCCACCCCGUCCCGAAGAGCGUAGCCCGCGAUGGCUCUACGGCCGCCUGGGGAGGCCGAGCCCCAGGACAAGAUGUGCUACCCGGCCGAGAGGCUCCAGAGAAGCCCCCAGCCCCUGGCUCCCUACUACUCGCCGUUCCCAGCCUAUGGCCGCUACAGGAGCGCCUUGCCCGCCGCGGAGGAGGACUUCCAGCCCCUCGGACAGCUGGAGGCCGCAAUGUCCGCGUCUCCGGCGAUGACCCCUUUCCCCUUCGGGAUGGCCUCCACCUUGCAGAGCCAGGGUCUGGCUCUACAAAGGGAGCCACUCUUUGACCUACCCUGGUACACCAAGUUACCUCUGUGGUACCCAGUUUCCCACCUCCCCAGGGAGGUGCCACUCUUUCUGAACAGCCACGAGUACACGGGCGCGAACGGCGACAAUUUGGUUCCCGUGAGUGGCCACAGAGACAGCGGCCAGUGCUGGCGCCCUGAGACUUUAAUUCCGCUUCCCCCUGUGAAUACCUCCCCAUUGCCUGAGGGGCUGAAGACUUCCCAAUUAGUAUCUUCCCCCAGCAAGCGCCCUGAUGAAAGCCCCAAACCCCCGAACCAAGAGGGGAAGUCGAACCAAGAGGGGAAGUCAUCUCCGGGUCGUCGUUUCCACUUCUCUGAGGAGGAUCUGCACUUCGUUCUAUACGGGGUCGCGCUCAGCCUGGAGAGCUCAGCCAGCCUGCAGCAUGCGAUUUCCGGCCUCCUGGUCCCCGCCGACAGUUCUGGGUCUGAGCCUCCUCCUCAAAGUGUGGAUAAAGACUCUCUUCAGCUUCCAGAAGGUCUCUGCCUGGUGCGGAUGAUGUUGGGUGCAGUGCCACAUUUCGGUGUGUUCUGCAGUAGCUUCCUUGCCAAAGGAAUCAGGUUUGGGCCCUUUCAAGGUAAAGUGAUCAGCGCCAAUGAACUGAAGACCCACAGCGACAAUUCCCUGAUGUGGGAGAUCUUUGAAGAUGGCCACUUGAGUCACUUUAUAGAUGGAAGAGAGACAGGGAACUGGAUGUCUUACGUCAACUGCGCCCGCUUCCCCAAGGAGCAAAACUUGGUUGCUGUUCAGUGUCAAGGACAGAUAUUUUAUGAGAGCUGCAAGGAGAUUUACCAGAACCAAGAGCUGCUUGUGUGGUACGGAGACUGCUAUGAGAAGUUUCUGGACAUUCCCGUGAGCCUUCAAGUCACUGAGAGCACGCCACCAGCAGGGGCCACCAAAGGGCCCACAGAAGAGUCUACAGAAGGUUACAGAUGCGAGAGAUGUGGAAAAGUGUUUACUUACAAAUACUACAGAGAUAAGCACCUCAAGUACACGCCCUGUGUGGACCAAGGUGACCGGAAGUUCCCCUGCUCACUGUGCAAGAGAUCCUUCGAGAAGCGGGACCGCCUGCGAAUCCACGUUCUGCACGUUCACGAAAAGCACCGGCCACACAAGUGUUCUACAUGUGGGAAGUGUUUCUCUCAGUCUUCCAGCCUGAACAAGCACAUGCGCGUCCACUCUGGAGAUAGACCAUACCAGUGUGUGUACUGUACCAAGAAAUUCACUGCCUCCAGCAUACUGCGCACACACAUCCGGCAGCAUUCCGGGGAGAAGCCCUUCAAGUGCAAGCACUGUGGCAAAUCCUUUGCCUCCCACGCCGCCCACGACAGCCACGUCCGGCGCUCGCACAAGGAAGACGAGGGCGGCUCCUGCAGCGUCUGUGGGAAAGUCUUCCCCGAGCAGGAAGCCCUCGACUCCCACAUGAAGGUUCAUGAAGACUGCGCGCCCUCGGAGUGCGAAGCCAUUGAAAACUGAGGGCUUGAACUCUCCCUGGUUCUUGUUAUGGGUGCGUUGUAGGAUCACAUGGUUGUAACAUUAAAUGAGAUGUGGGGAGAAGGAAGCUGCCAGCCUGCUGAAUUUAGCAGGCUGAUUGGACUUUUGUGGAAAUGCCUUCCACAGUUGUUAACAAGCACAGAACGUGGAGGGGCUUAGCAGAAACAGUGAGAGCUCAGAGGAGAUAGAGCCUGAGGUCUAAAAACUCCACACUCAUCCUAAGAGUGCCCUAUUUAUCCCUGCAGUUCAGGGCCAUGCAGAGUCCUAGACCAAUGAAUGAGAAGCAGGUCUUCUCUUAUAUUUGACUUGGGCCCCCAGAUGCACUGUCUGUCCAUCCAGUCCUCAGUUUCUUCAGAGAACAGAUUUUUUCAUUGAUUCAAGCUACCACUUGAUUAUUAGUAGUCAAUUAAGUCUUCAGAUAUGAAUUAACCUUUUAUCUUUAUUUGGAGUCAUUUUAAACCCUUCGUUCCUCCCCACAUACACACACACACACAGCACAUGCCAGAUAACAAAGCUACUUACAGGGACAGGAGCAAGCUAUGCACUCUGCCAGUUAUGACUUAUGUCAACUGAAACAAAUUAUAACCAGAGGGGAGCAAAGGCUAAAAACAAACCUAUUUAUGUCUCUCUGGUUUUAAACUUGAUUUCAUUUCUGAUAAAUAAAGUGGACA